CCUGGAAGAAAGGGGUGUGAGGGAGGAGACAUUCCUGUGCAGAGCUGACCAAAGGAAAGAGUAGGCUUCAGUGCAGUAUGAAUGCAUACCUCACCAAGCAACACAGCUGCAGCCGGGGGUCCGAUGGGAUGGAUGUCGGCAGGAGCACGCCCACACUGAUCAGGGAUACCCACUGUGCUUGUGGCUGGCAGAGGAACCCUCAGGGGCUUGAGUACCACUCUCAGACAAUGCCUCCCUCAGGACAUGGGGGCCCAGCUUCCAACAGGACCAAGUUGGUCACCUUGUGGGACAGUGUGCGGAAAAGCCCCCACAAGAUGAGCACCAAGGGCAAAGGGACUUGUGGGGAGCAUUGUACCUGCCCCCAUGGUUGGUUCAACCCAGCACAGGCCAGCCCUGCUCCUAUAAUUGUCAACACAGAUACUUUGGACACAAUUCCUUAUGUCAAUGGAACAGAAAUUGAAUAUGAAUUUGAAGAAAUUACAUUGGAAAGGGGCAAUUCUGGCCUGGGAUUCAGUAUUGCUGGAGGGACAGAUAAUCCUCACAUUGGAGAUGACCCUGGCAUAUUUAUUACGAAAAUUAUACCAGGAGGUGCUGCAGCAGAGGAUGGCAGACUCAGGGUCAAUGAUUGUAUCUUGCGGGUGAAUGAGGUCGAUGUGUCAGAGGUUUCCCACAGUAAAGCGGUGGAAGCUCUCAAAGAAGCGGGGUCUAUUGUUCGGCUCUACGUGCGUAGAAGACGACCCAUUUUGGAGACUGUAGUGGAAAUCAAACUCUUCAAAGGGCCUAAAGGUUUAGGUUUCAGUAUUGCAGGAGGUGUGGGGAACCAACACAUUCCUGGAGACAACAGCAUUUAUGUAACUAAAAUUAUAGAUGGAGGAGCUGCACAGAAAGAUGGAAGGUUGCAAGUAGGAGACAGAUUACUAAUGGUAAACAACUACAGUUUAGAAGAAGUAACACAUGAAGAGGCGGUAGCAAUAUUAAAGAACACGUCAGAUGUAGUGUAUCUCAAAGUUGGCAAACCUACUACCAUUUAUAUGACUGAUCCUUAUGGCCCACCUGAUAUUACUCAUUCUUAUUCUCCACCAAUGGAAAACCAUCUACUCUCUGGCAACAAUGGCACUUUAGAAUACAAAACCUCCCUGCCGCCCAUAUCUCCAGGAAGGUACUCACCAAUUCCAAAGCACAUGCUUGUUGAAGAUGAUUACACCAGGGAGACUGACCCAAGGUUCUGUGGCCUGAGCAGCAGCAGAAUGGAGCUGUCAAUGCUAAGAAGGGAACGACUAUGGAAGGACAGGCCUCCGGAACCUGUUUACAGCACUGUGAACAAACUGUGUGAUAAGCCUGCUUCUCCCAGGCACUAUUCCCCUGUUGAGUGUGACAAAAGCUUCCUUCUCUCAGCUCCCUACCCUCACUAUCACCUAGGCCUGCUCCCUGACUCUGAGAUGACCAGUCAUUCCCAACACAGUACUGCAACCCGCCAGCCUUCGGUGACUCUACAAAGAGCCAUCUCCUUGGAAGGGGAGCCCCGCAAGGUGGUCCUGCACAAAGGCUCCACUGGCCUAGGCUUCAACAUCGUCGGGGGAGAAGACGGAGAAGGUAUUUUUGUAUCCUUCAUUCUGGCUGGUGGACCAGCAGACCUUAGUGGAGAGCUCCAGAGGGGAGACCAGAUCCUAUCUGUAAAUGGCAUUGAUCUUCGUGGCGCGUCUCAUGAGCAAGCUGCUGCAGCUCUGAAGGGGGCUGGACAGACGGUGACAAUUAUAGCACAAUAUCAACCUGAAGAUUACGCUCGAUUUGAGGCCAAAAUCCAUGACCUACGAGAGCAGAUGAUGAACCACAGCAUGAGUUCCGGGUCCGGGUCCCUGCGAACCAACCAGAAGCGCUCCCUCUACGUCAGAGCCAUGUUCGACUAUGACAAGAGCAAGGACAGUGGGCUGCCAAGUCAAGGACUUAGUUUUAAAUAUGGCGAUAUUCUCCACGUUAUCAAUGCUUCUGAUGAUGAGUGGUGGCAGGCCCGGAGGGUCAUGCUGGAGGGAGACAGUGAGGAGAUGGGGGUCAUUCCCAGCAAACGAAGGGUGGAAAGAAAAGAACGUGCCAGAUUGAAGACAGUGAAGUUUAAUGCAAAACCUGGAGUUAUUGAUUCCAAAGGGUCAUUCAAUGACAAGCGUAAAAAGAGCUUCAUCUUUUCACGAAAAUUCCCAUUCUACAAGAACAAGGAGCAGAGUGAGCAGGAAACCAGUGAUCCUGAACGAGGGCAAGAAGACUUCAUUCUUUCUUAUGAGCCUGUCACCAGGCAGGAAAUAACCUAUACCCGACCAGUGAUUAUCCUGGGCCCCAUGAAGGAUCGGAUCAACGAUGACUUGAUAUCUGAAUUCCCUGACAAAUUUGGUUCGUGUGUGCCUCAUACUACGAGGCCAAAGCGUGACUACGAGGUGGAUGGCAGAGACUAUCACUUUGUCAUUUCCAGAGAACAAAUGGAGAAAGAUAUCCAAGAGCACAAGUUUAUAGAAGCUGGCCAGUACAAUGACAACUUAUAUGGAACCAGUGUGCAAUCUGUGAGAUUCGUAGCAGAAAGGGGCAAACACUGUAUACUUGAUGUAUCAGGAAAUGCUAUCAAGCGGUUACAAGUUGCCCAGCUCUAUCCCAUUGCCAUCUUCAUUAAGCCCAAGUCCCUGGAACCUCUGAUGGAGAUGAAUAAGCGCCUAACAGAGGAACAAGCCAAGAAAACCUAUGAUCGUGCAAUUAAGCUAGAACAAGAAUUUGGAGAAUAUUUUACAGCUAUUGUCCAAGGAGACACCUUAGAAGAUAUAUAUAACCAAUGCAAGUUUGUUAUCGAAGAGCAGUCUGGGCCUUUCAUCUGGAUUCCCUCAAAGGAAAAGUUAUAAAUUAGCUACUGCACCUCUGACAAUGACAGAAGAGUAUUUAGAAGAACAAAAUAUAUAUAAUAUACUACUUGGAGGCUUUUAUGUUUUUGUUGCAUUUAUGUUUUUGCAGUCAAUGUGAAUUCUUAUGAAUGUACAACACAAACUGUGUGAAGCCAUGAAGGAAACGGAGGGCCCAAGGGUGGGACAGAAAAGACAUUGCAGCACGCAGGAAGGCUUUGGUUUGCUCAAAGUACCAGGUGUAGGGAUAAACCUCUGACGGGCUUUCUGCCCAAGAGAUGGGCAGCCUCCUCACCCCAGCAGACGUCCAGAGCUGAUUUAGCUGCUGAGUUCUCUGUGUUUUUGCUUUAAAGAAAAGUUGCCAGCACUUGAACUUCACCAACCUUCCCAUUACCCACAUCUGUAAUUGGUACCCUUCGAAUUUUAUAACUAUGCACAUCCUUUGAUUUUUUAACAAGCAAAAGAAAGAAGGAAAAAAGAAAGGAGUCCCUUUGGAGACUGCAAAAUAUCAGGGAAGGCUAAGUGAAUAGUUUCUUUGACUGGCAUCUGCAAAGAAGAGCAUUUCAUAAAAUUUGCAAGUGUAUGGAGGACUGGCCUUACAGAGAGGAGGGCAUUCCACCUGAGAUUAGCUUUAUGAUUGUUUAUUAUCUAUUUUGCCAUUUAUAAACUGAAAGAAGGCACUAAA